AUGAGUGACGCGGGAAGCAGCUGGUCGGUGCGGUUGGUAUUUAUAGGCCUGCGCUGUCAGUCGUCUUGCUGCGCUGGCACGAGUGUGGUAGCUCAGCGGCGGUGUAUAAAUAAGACUGGGGCUCAGACUGGGGCUCAGCAUCCGAGGUCUCACACGGGCGUGAAAGCUCAAUUUGUCCGGAGGGGCGUCACCGUCACCCAGUCGGAGGGCUGGGACGGGGGCUCCGGCAGCGCAAGCCGGAGGGAAGAGAACGGAGCGGGCCGAGGGCUCGUCCUGCAGGAGCUCCUGCAUCUCCAUGGGACUUCCAGUCACAACAGAAGAAAACAAGAUGUCUUUGCCCGUUGCAUCUGUAUAGACAUACGCAAGUGCAGCAAGCUUAAGCAAAGUUCUAAUGGCCCAGUGAAGAAGUCUAUGCGAGAGAAGGCUGUGGAACGCAGGAACGUUAAUAAGGAGCACAACAGUAACUUUAAAGCAGGAUACAUUCCGAUUGAUGAAGACCGUCUCCAUAAGACAGGGUUACGUGGCAGGAAAGGCAACUUGGCCAUUUGUGUGAUUGUUCUUCUUUUUAUUUUGGCUGUCAUCAAUCUGAUUAUUACACUAGUUAUCUGGGCAGUGAUUCGAAUCGGUCCCAAUGGUUGUGACAGUAUGGAGUUCCAUGAGAGUGGCUUGUUGCGGUUUAAGCAAGUUUCUGACAUGGGUGUUAUACAUCCAUUAUAUAAAAGCACUGUAGGAGGCAGACGUAAUGAAGAUUUGGUGAUCACUGGAAAUAAUCAGCCUAUUGUGUUUCAGCAAGGAACAACCAAGCUUAGUGUGGAAAAAGACAAAACUUCUAUUACCAGCGAUAUUGGCAUGGAAUUUGUUGACCCACGGACACAAAAUACCUUGUUCAGCACAGACUAUGAAACUCAUGAGUUUCAUCUGCCAAAUGGAGUUAAAAUCUUGAACGUACAAAAGGCCUCUACAGAGAGGAUUACCAGCAAUGCAACCAGUGAUCUAAACAUAAAGGUCGAUGGCCGUGCUAUUGUCCGUGGAAACGAAGGUGUUUUCAUCACAGGCAAGACCAUUGAGUUUCGAAUGGGGGGUAACAUGGAACUUAAAGCAGAAAACAGCAUUAUCCUGAAUGGAACUGUGAUGGUCAGCCCAUCGCGACUGCCAAGUUCUUCUCACGGGGAACAGUUUAAUAACGACGACUGGCUGCGUUUCAAGCUCUGUAUGUGUGCGGAUGGGACACUGUUCAAGGUUCAGGUGACAGGCUAUAGCAUGGGUUGUCAGACUUCUGUCAACCCGUGCGGAGCCACGCACUAAAACAGAAACCACUAUCAAUCAGGAGAGUUCUCUUUUGUGUUUACAUAUAUUUAUAUGAAGUAAUUGCAUGCCUUCAAGGAUUUCUGGUUUUACAGCAGUUUAUACUAACAUUUAUUACAUAAUAUUUUUAAGCAAAGGCUGUUAUGUUCGGCAGUAUUAUGUCAUCAUCUUGUUAGCCGUAAUCGUGGCACUGAUUUAGUAAGCUUUCGGUCUACAUGCAUACUGAAAUACCUUCCUGAACUGGGAUCAGUAGAAUAUAUUUAAAGAACGUG